AUGAAGGCAGGUGGGAUCCUCCACCGGAUAACCAAAAAUCCAGCAACAAGAAGCAAGGCUGUAGCCAGUGUUGUUGAUGUUAGUUCUUUCAUUUUUAUUGUUCAUUUCUGUGACACAUUGAUAUUUAAAUUCAGUGGACCAAGAGAAGAUGCUACCCGUAUUGGGUCAGCUGGUGUUGUGAGGCGUCAAGCUGUUGAUAUUUCUCCACUCCGUCGUGUCAACCAGGCUAUCUACCUAUUGACAUCAGGUGCCCGCCAAAGUGCUUUUAGGAACAUAAAGACAAUAGCAGAAUGCCUUGCUGAUGAACUCAUUAAUGCUGCCAAGGGAUCCUCAAACAGUUAUGCAAUCAAGAAGAAGGAUGAGAUUGACCGUGUAGCCAAGGCUGACCGUUAGAGAGUUU